AUGACAAGACCAAAAAAAGAUCGUAUUAACAAAAAUCAUUCAAAAGUUGCUAACUCUAGUAUUAGAAUUAGGAAAUUGAUCAAAUGUAAAUGUACACUACAUUGCUAUAGUAGUAAAUUUGUAGAUCCUAGAAUAUUUGAGAACUAUCAGCAAGAAAUGGAGCGUUUUCGUAAUAUUGCUUCUAGAAAUCGUAAUUCUUUUCGAUCAACAAGUACCAAGAACAACCCGAUUAAUGUAGGAUCAACAUCAAUCUCAAAAGGAAAAGAAAAGUUAAUCCAGCUAAACAAGAUUAUAAUUCAUCAUUUUUUCGAUGCAGAUGGAACAGUUUCUGAUCAUGAUGAGUUGGAAACUGUUUUGAUUCCUUCAGAUGAUGAAGAAGGCUUUGAGAUACCGGUUAAUGAUGAAGAAUCUUCUACGGAAGAAGAUGAUCGUAAUUUGAGUGAGGAAGAUAUUUCAGUUGAGCAAUUUACUGCUUCCGAUUUUGAUGAAUUUGAGGUUGAAUCAGAUGAUGGAUAUCCUGAUAGGAACAUUAACUUUGACGAUUUGUAG